AUGGGGCCGCAUCCACACCUUCGCUUCCAGCCACGAGGGUCCCUCCUGACUAGUCUCCAACCAAGUCCUCGACUAUCUCUAUCUCCUCGCAACAGGUCUCGUCCAGCUGACCUUGCCAUGACCUCCGAGUUCAACCCAAGGGCCUCCUCCAGCCAGAGAGACAACCUGAAGGACAGAGUCACCCACAGGGAAACGAGCGAGGCCGCGGACUCCCCCCGCCACAGACACCACCAUCGGGUCCGCCAUCACCACGCCCACCAAUCCGCCCCCCCUUCCUCCUCCUCCUCAAACUCCGCCCCUUCCUCUUUAAACUCCGCCCACGACCCUUCAAACUCCUCCCAUAACCUCUUUAGCCCCACCCACAACGCCCUAAGCCCCGCCCCCCGUUACGACUCCGCGUGGCACGAAUGGUCGAGCGCGGUGCUUCGGGGCAAGAGGGAACGAUACGACCCGACGGAGAACGAGAUCUCAGAGGGGCCGUGGGGUCCCUGGGGGGCGCCGGCCUCCUGCUCCAGGUCCUGCGGCGGCGGCGUCAGGGUGGCCCUUAGGCAGUGUCGGGGUCAGAGCCCAUCAGAUUGCGUCGGGUCCACGAAGAAGUACGAAUCUUGCAACCUUGAUCCAUGCCCCUGGGUCCCGACCGACUACCGCGCGGAGCAGUGUGCCAAGUUCAACACCGUGCCUUUCGAGGGGAAAUACCACCGCUGGGUGCCCUACCUGAAGGCUCCGAGGAAAUGUGAACUCAACUGCCAGCCUUUGGGAGAGCGGUUCUACUACAGACAUGCUAUGAAGGUGGUAGAUGGGACGCCCUGUGAUGAUACAGGCAAGGCGGUGUGCGUCGAUGGUAUUUGUAUGCCAAUCGGGUGCGACUUCAAGCUCGGUUCGACGGCCCGGGAGGACAAGUGUCGUGUGUGCGGCGGCGACGGGUCGACCUGCAACACCAUUCGGGGGACGUUCACGCAGGAGAUUCUGACGGCUGGAUAUAACGACAUUUUCCUUAUACCGGCCGGAGCGACGAACAUCUACGUCGAGGAAAUGACCGUUUCGUAUAACCAUUUGGCCCUCCGCAACACCAGCGGCCACUUCUACAUCAACGGCGACUGGCGCCUCGACGCUUCCAAGUCCUUCACUGUGCCCGAGUCGUCGUCAGGCAGGUCAGGUCAGGUCACGGGCCUCACGACGACCUUCCACUACGAGAGGAGGUCAGGAGGUCAAGAGGGCGUAGGAGUUUUCUCGCCUGAGGUCCUAAGGGCGAAGGGACCCACGACGGAGGCUCUUUAUGUGGUGCUCCUGUACCAAGAACCCAACAAGGGCGUCCGUUACGAGUACAGCGUGCCCCUGGAGGUUGGCCAGGGCGAAGCAGAGGUGUACGACUGGCUCUUCGGUACCUUCGGCGAGUGCUCGGUGCCCUGCGGUGGAGGCGUGAAGACCCGCAACGUGACGUGCGUGCGGACGAAUGACCUGCUUCCGGUGAGCGAGUACUUGUGUGACCCGAGGGAGAGGCCCGACCAGAACGCGACCUGUAAUGACCUGCUUUGUCCUGCCAGAUGGGAACUCGGCGCCUGGACCCCGUGUUCGAGCUCCUGCGGCCAAACAGGACUUCAAUUCCGCACCGUCUUUUGCUCCAGAAGGUUCGGCCAACAGGGUCUUCUCGCCGUCGCUGAGGAUUGGAAUUGCCUGACGAAGGAAGAGGAAGAGGAGGAGGAGGAGAGGACGUGGCUGGAGGAAGGAGGAAGAUCAGGAGGAGAAUUAGGAAGUCUUUUGGGAUCCUUGGAGAAGCCGGCGAGCGUGAGGGAGUGUAAUAGAGAGCUGGCCUGUCCGUCUUGGCACGUCGGAGCCUGGGCGCCGUGCUCCAAGCUCUGCGGCCCCGGCCAGCAGAGGCGAAAGAUCACGUGCCACCGCCGCAGUGCCACCGGUCGCCUUGAGGCCCUGGGCGACGAGGAGUGCCUGGAGGAGAAGCCGGAGGAGGAAAGGGCGUGCGAGGUCGUCCCCUGCGGCGGCGUCGACUGGGUGGCCGGGGACUGGAGCGGGUGCGGGCGCGGGUGCGGGCAGCUGCUGGAGACGCGGCCGGUGCUGUGCGUGGGCCAAAGGGGGAGUGUCCUUCCCGUAGACUUCUGCGAGGCCGCCCGCCGCCCGCCCAACACCCGCAACUGCUCUGACGUCACGGACUGCGAGUUCCGCUGGUACGCCUCCGAGUGGAGUCAGUGCUCGACCCCCCGCGGCGAGGGCGUCCGCACGCGGCACGUGCUCUGCGGCUCCUGGGACGCGACGAAGGGAACCGUGGCCAGUGUUGCAGAGUCGAGUUGCAACGCUGCAAAGAAGAUGAGCGGAAUGGAAGCUUGCAACGGGACGAAGGCGGAGAUGGAAGAGAAGAAGGAAGAGGAGAAAGAAGAGAAAGAAGAGGAGGAGGAGGAAGAAGAGAAUGGUGAAUGGUUCGCCGGGCCGUGGAGUAAAUGCUCCAAGGCCUGCGGUGGUGGUUCUAAAACAAGGAAGAUUUUAUGCUACAAAUCCGGUGCUCAGGCCACUGUUGCAGAAUGCAAUGCCAACCUGAUACCCUAUGCCCUCGAGACAUGCAACAACCAUGCCUGCGGAGACGAUGAAAUUCUUGGAAUAGAUCGCAUUGACGAAGAAGAAGUGUGCGAUGAAGAUGAUGAUGAGGAAGAGGAGGAGAGUUCGGGCGACGUCGCAACCUCCUCGUCAGGAGACGCCCUCGACACGUCUUCAGGAGAAAUACUAGCCGACGAAGGAUCUGGCAGACAGGAGGAGGAAAGUGGAUCGGCGGAAUACCCGGCAUCUCCAAAGCCCCGAGAAGAGGAAGAAGAGGGAAAUCUGAAUACACUGAACGCGGUUUUCGGGCUCCGCUCUAGACGCUCGGCGACAACUUUAUUGAGUGACGAGGCCGAAGGGUCUGGUUUCGGAUCGUCUGGCUAUGGCCCUGGCUUCGGUUUGUCAGGCUGGCUUGGCUCCGGUUCAGGCAACGCGUUCGGGUCCGGCAACGAAGUCGAUGUGGACGCGUUCGGACGAGAGAAGAAGAAGAAGAAGGAGGAAAAAGGAAAACCCAAGAAGAAGGAAGAGGCAGACAAGAAGAAGCAGAAGAAGAAGAAGAAGAAGAAGUGCCAAGAGGAAGAUAAACCGAAUAAGGGAGAUAAGGAAGACGAAGAGAAUUGCCUUCAGUCGCUGUUCGGUUGCUGUCCGGAUAGGCUGACGGCGGCGUCGGGUCCUUUCCAGAGAGGCUGCCCCAAAGUGACCUCCUGCACCGACACCCUCCACGGCUGCUGCCCCGACGGCUUCAGCAUCGCCCGAGGCCCCGACGGCGAAGGCUGCUCGGUGGGCGUGUCCGGAGGAGUGGCCACGCCCCUCUGCGCCAACGCCCUCUUCGGCUGCUGCCCCGACGGCGCCACGGAGGCCGAGGGACCCGACGGCGCGGGCUGCGAAGAUCUCAUGACCUACGACUGCGGCGGCACGGAAUUCGGCUGCUGCCCCGACGGCGUGUCCCCGGCGAAGGGAAAGAACUUCUUCGGCUGUGAGGAAGCCGAGUGCGAGGGGUCGGCGCCCUGCGAUGACACCACUCUCCUCCCACCCACCACGAUCCACACCCUCUCUUCCUCUUCCUCUUUCCCCACCUUCACCACGCCCACGCCCACGCCCACGCCCACCACAACCGAAAUCCCACCGGACUGUUUCUUCACGCGGUUCGGAUGCUGUUCGGAUAACUACACCGCCGCCCAUGGAGAGAACGGGGAGGGAUGCUGUUUGAGUAACGAAUUCGGAUGUUGUCCGGAUAACAUUAGAGAGGCGAAGGGGCCGUUCCAUCAAGAGUUCGGAUGCUGUCCGGAUAACAUUAGAGAGGCGAAGGGGCCGUUCCAUCAAGGUUGCGGCUGCGAAUUCAGCGCGUACGGCUGUUGUCCGGAUAACGAGACGGUGGCGCGCGGUCCGGGUAACGAAGGCUGCGGUUGCGAAUACACGCCCUAUGGCUGUUGUCCGGAUAACCACACGCCCGCAGGUAGUCCGGAUAAGGAGAAAGGAUGUCCGUGUCACAGCUUCCAGUUCGGUUGCUGUCCGGAUGGCGUGGGUAUUGCGCGAGGACCGAACGGCGAAGGCUGCGGGUGCCAGUACUCGCCCUUCGCCUGCUGCCCCGACGGCAAGACGCCCGCCAGCGGCCCCGACCUCGAGAAAGCCUGCGGGUGUGAGGCGUCGGCUUUCGGCUGCUGUCCCGACGGCGCCACGAAGGCGUCGGGGAGGCUCUUCGAAGGCUGCGAGGCCGGGCAGGUCGAGGUGCAGGUGCCGGGAGAGGUGUGCGGCCACGCCAAGGACCGCGGGCCUUGUGGGAACUUUACGGUCAAGUGGUACUUCGAUAUGGACUACGGCGGCUGCAACCGCUUCUGGUACGGGGGCUGCGAAGGGAACCUCAACCGCUUCGCUUCCCAAGAGGAGUGCGCGGCUGCCUGCGUCGAACCGGAGGGGAGAGAAACCUGCCGGCCUUCCCCCGACCUCCGGCCUAGCACGGGUCCGUCCCUUCCAGAAACCACGACGCCGCGAGAGGACGCUGCAAGCCCUUACGUGUUGUGUUUGUUUGGGGACAGGGACGGCGGAUGCUUGGGAAACAACAACCGAUUUGCGGACCGGGACGCGUGCGAGCAGAAGUGCGUCGUGCCGGAGAGGACGGUGUCUUUGUUUGUGUGUAUUUGUUUGUGUCUUUGUUUGGGUUUGUUUGGGGAGAGGAGGUUGUGUUUGUUUGGGGACAGGGACGGCGGAUGCUUGGGAAACAACAACCGAUUUGCGGACCGGGACGCGUGCGAGCAGAAGUGCGUCGUGCCGGAGAGGACGGACCCCUGCCUCCAAGAAGUAGCCCCGGGUCCCUGCCGAGGCAACUACACCCGCUGGGCUUUCCAUCGCGAGCAGAAGGCGUGUCGUCCCUUCGUCUUCGGCGGCUGCAAGGCCACGGCCAACAACUUCCUGAUGGAGGAGGAGUGCGUGCAGCGCUGCUUGAAGGGCGGCAGGAGAGACCUAUGCACCCUCCCCAAGGCAUCGGGUUUGUGCGACGAGACGAUACCUCGCUGGUACUAUGACUACUCCGAAAAGCGCUGCAUGCCUUUCUACUACACGGGCUGCGACGGUAACGCCAACCGCUUCGACACCAGAGGAGAGUGUGAGGCCACGUGUCCUGGGGAAGUGGAAGACCAAGGGAAAGAGACCUGUUAUCUGCCCAUCGCCGUCGGCACGUGCUCUGACCACCAGGAGCGUUGGCACUAUGACACCCGUGCCAGAGAGUGCCGCGCCUUCGUCUACUCCGGUUGUGAAGGAAAUGCCAAUAACUUCGCCACGUUGGCCGAGUGCGCCGAUCUGUGCGGGAAAGUGGAGGUAGACCUUGCAGCCGAGGAGGAGUUUGAUGGAGGCCACUGUUCCCUGCCCCAAGACGCCGGCCCUUGCACCGACUACCAAACGCGCUGGACCUACGACAGUGCGACUGGCGUCUGCAAGCAGUUUGUUUACGGCGGUUGCCAUGGGAACGAGAAUCGCUUCGGGUCACGUGACGAGUGCGAGAGGAGAUGUGGCAACGCUGUGGACCUAUGCGAUCUGCCUCGUGUGGUUGGUCCAUGCAGUGGGAGUUUCCGGCAGUACUUCUACGAAAAGGAAAGAGACCAGUGCUUCGAGUUCGACUACGGUGGAUGUCAGGGAAACAAGAACAGGUUCGAUUCUCUCCGCCUGUGCCAGCAGCGGUGCCAACGCCGGGAGGACAAGACGACGUCGACAACACUGACGCCCGACGACCUGUUUGGGGAAGAAAACACGUUUGUCGAAGACCCGACAGAGGCCCUGCCGGAGAUCUGCAAACAGCCCGUGGACACUGGACCCUGUCGAGGCGCGCUGCCCAGGUUCUACUUCGACGCCUCCUCAAGCCGGUGCGUCGGCUUCUCGUACGGAGGAUGCAGGGGAAACGCCAACAGGUUCAUUUCGGCCGAGAUGUGCGAGAGGCAGUGCGGGCAGUUUAGAAAUCAAGACGCAUGCAACCUGCAACCUAGCAGGGGUCCUUGCAACGGCUCGUACCGGAAGUGGCACUACGACCCUUACGAGCGACGUUGCAAAGCCUUCCCCUACAGCGGCUGCCUCGGAACCAGCAACAGGUUCUCGACGCAGGAAGAAUGCGAGGCAGUUUGUGUCUAUCACGAUACCCUCCUGCCCAGAGGAAACGACACACAGGAAGCGAAUAUAAUGCUCUGCGAGUUGGCAGCCGACCCAGGGCCCUGUUCGGACGGCUACAAGCGGUGGCACUUCUCUGCGGAGGAAGGCACUUGUGUUCCCUUCACUUACGGAGGCUGCGGAGGGAACCUGAACCGCUUCAAAAAGUUCAGUUCCUGCGUCGAGUUCUGCUCCGCUGCGGUCGAGCGAUACCGGGGAUCCAUACCCACGACCACUCACGACCCGAAUGCCAUCGUGGUGUCUCGUCCUGACAGUGUCACAGACUGUCAAGCGGAACGAAUCGAGUGCCAACUGCUGAGCUGCCCGUACGGCCUGCAGAAGGCGGUGGACGGCCGCGGGUGCCACGUCUGCUCCUGCUACGACCCCUGUGAGCGGAAGCGAUGCCCUCCUCUGACCCAGUGCGCCGUUGACCUGACCUCGGGCGCUGACCUGACCUCCGGAGGGCGGUGGGUUGGGGUGUGUCGCGAAGUGACCAAAGCAGGACAGUGCCCCUCCCCCAGCGGGCGCCCCAUUCCCUCGGAGUGCCAAGACGAGUGUGAGAAUGACUCGGGUUGCCAUGGAGACCAGAAGUGUUGCCAUAACGGGUGCGCUUUCUCUUGCGUCAAGCCUGUGCCGGAGAAAGGGGAGGAGGGGGAGGAGGAGGCUGUCUCUCGGCCUCCGUUCACGACGCCUGUGCAAGUAGUGACAGGCACUCCCGCCCGCAUCGUUGGCACUGACGUCGAGGUUCGUGCCCAGGAGAACGAUGUGGCUGUCCUUCGGUGCCGUGCCAAGGGAGUGCCAACGCCCGUGAUCACGUGGCAUAGGAAGGGACACCCGGUCGACACGGAAAACGACGCCAGCCGCUUCAGAAUCCUCACGGGCGGCGCUCUGCAGGUGGUCAACACGGAACGGGCGGACGCGGGCGUUUACACGUGUCGGGCGGCCAACGGCGUGGGCGGCCCGGACGAGAGGGAGAGUCGCCUCGUUAUCACGGACCCGACGCCCCGCCCCUCGCAAAUCAUCCCCUGGGGCCGCGGCGGCGGAGGGCGUGGCUUACCAGGCUCCUCCUCGUCCAAUCCCGUGGUGUCCCUGGGAAGCUCCGCCCACCUGUACUGCCGCGCGGUAGGCUGGCCCCGCCCCUCGGUCACGUGGUGGCGAGGGAGCAACAUGCUGCCUCUCUCGUCGCCUCAGUUCGAGCUCUACCGCCACGGCGUGCUGGUCGUCCGGCGCGUGACGCUCCCGGCCCUCGGUCCCUACACGUGCCAGGUUUACAACGGCCGCGGGAAGGCCAAGUCCCAUACGGUCGUCCUCCAUGCUUUGGGGCCUGUUUAUCCUGGGGCUCAAGGAGGAGGUAGUAGGGGGGGGGAUGUAGGGGGAGGGUAUCCUGGAAACCUCCGGGAGUUUCUCAAGUACGUGGUGGAGCCUCCGGAGGCGCCUGGUAUCCCGAAGGAGGCGAAGGCGGAGGAGGUCGUCAAAACGACGGCUUUCCCGGCCAUCUUGCCGUCCAGUCGCCCCUUCUGGCCGCCUUAUGUAGGUCGUCCGGACAAGGCAGGGUCCGCCCUACCUGCUACGACUACUAUAACGACUACUAUGACGACUACCGAACGACCUUAUAUUGAACCCCUAAGGGCGACUAUCCGCAUCAACUCCACGGAAUUCACGCCUCAAGGAACUGUGCGGAUCCCGUGCGAAGUGAGUGGUUUUCCGAGGCCGAGGCUGAGCUGGUUCAAGGACGGCGUCGAGGUGGAGACUCGAGGCCGGUUCGCCAUCGAAGACGACCACACUCUUGUCAUCUCCGCGGCCGAGGAAACUGAUUCAGGAUUCUACAGGUGCGUCGCCGAAAACGCCUUCGGGAAAGCAGACAGCUCCACGCCCGUCACGAUUCGAGGUAUCUACGUGCACCCUGCCUGCACAGACAACCCGUUCUUUGCCAACUGCAAGCUGAUCGUGCAAGCGAGAUAUUGCACCAAUAAAUACUACGCGAGGUUCUGUUGCAAAUCGUGUACGCUGGCCGGGCAACUGCCUUCGUUCGGGGCGCAUUUGCAAUUCGUGAAGAAGAAGAAGUAGGAAGGGAAGAGAAAAGGAAGAGAAAAGGAAGGGAAGAGAAAGAGAAGGGAAAAGGAA